AUGCUGAAUUCAGUUCUUGUUCAUUGGAGAGCUCUUUGCAUUCUCUAUGGCUCACUCCUCGCCAGCACCGCGUUUGCUGUUGGUCAUCACUUCUACUACCAGAGCCUUGCUGGUCAACCAGUGUCGACUGAGAACGAAUUAGCAAUUGGUUCAUGGGCUGGCGUGCCGUCUCAGAAGUUCAAUACCGCUGUGGGCAACACCCUCGCAUCCUUCUUCAGAACCUCAUUAUCCAUCACGGUCACAACAGCCUACUGUCAAAUCGUCUGGCGCGCGUUGAAGGCCAGCACGACAGAAGUGAAUAUCGUUGACGCGAUCAGUGGCAUUUUGACAAAUCCUCUUGGAUUUCUGAACCUUGGGGCUUGGAGCAAGUCAGCUCUACUAUUUCCUCUUGCGAUCGCGAUCUGGCUACUACCUAUCGCUUCGAUCUUCACACCCGCAACCUUGACGGUCAUAACCGCUUCUCGAACUUCAUAUGAUCUGGCCGAUGUUCCCUCCAUCGACUUCAAUAGCCAGAACUUUCCAUGGAUCGUCUUGAACUCGGAUGGUUGUACCUACGAGUACAGAGGAACCUCGUUCGAAGUUCAGCGAUUCGCGACAGCAGCCGUAGGUCAAGGCGCCGUACUGUCCAUAAACGCACCAGGAAACCGACCAAAUGUCUCUUAUACACAGCAGUUCGGUGGGCCUGUGUUGCAGUGCAGCGACGUGCGCGAUCCUCUGCGUGGUGAAAUUCUUGACAACGUCAAUACCACCUCUUGGGAUGAUGGCAUACCGUAUGCUUACCUAGCUUGGUCCCCGACGGAUACAAGUUCAAUGCCUUUCCAAUCGGGUCUGCAAAGCAACGGGCAACAUCUGUUACAGCCAAUUGCGAUAGGACCACAACAUACUCCUGGUGCACCUGAGGUUUUGUUUGUUGCCUCUCUUCCUAGUUUUCGCAGCCCGAGAAUGAUGAAUCAGAUGGACCCGAACUGGGACUAUAUUGCGAAGGCCACGAUAGUCCAAUGUAGCUUGGUGAACGCGACGUACUCAGCCAUGUACAACUGGACGAACGGCGUGCGAGACCUGACGGUCACAACGACGCCCUCUGGCAGAAACGUCUCUCAUCCUAACUCACAUCCUGAGCGGGUCGGAUGCACUGAUUCUCGCUUAGACAGUGCCUUCAUCCAAGACUAUACAUAUACGGCAGUUUUGGAGGCUUUUAUGAACAUUAUAAGAGGUUAUGUCUCUGCCCCAACCCCAAAUGGUCUCGUCACCGGGACGGAAGCCAUGAACACUGCUCUAGGUACCACACAAGAGCUUUUCGCACUGCGAAACCAGACCGCUGGGGGUGUGCGGGCUCUCGAUACGCUUGGCCAACAGUACUGGCCCGGUGUCACGGUCGAAUUGCAAGCGAACAGCACAUCGAAUUUACGCCCAAUUUUAGAGUUAAUGUUUCAAAACCUCACUAUGAGCUUGAUGAGCUCACCUUUACUCCAGCCUGACCAUGAUACUCCUCACUACCCUCCACCCGUGAAUAUCACGAUAGUCACAUAUUACAGUCAAUAUGAAUAUGCAGCGGCGAUGUUGGGGCUUGCUUAUGGUACGGCUGUCCUGAUGGCCACGAUCAUAGUCGUUCUAGGCUGCAUUGCGAUCUUCUCCAGCGGCCUCUCAUACUCAUCCUCGUUCUCUACAGUCUUACGCACUACCUCACAUGCUUCAGUCAGCACGGAGAUAUCCAGAGAAGAUGCCGUCGGUCAGGAUCCACUGCCAAAGCAUCUAGCAGAAGCAACGAUUACUUUUGAACAUGUUGUUCGGGCGAGGGAGAUUCAACUUGGUCGUCUCUGCGCGGACGAUCGCGAUCAUCCGUUCUACAAGACUGAUAGGAAGCUUUCCUUCUCCGGAUUGGGGAUGUACGUUCUCUGGUCUUUCAUACACUUCCACGUGGUGAAGCAGUCUGAUUGA